AUGAUUCUUUUUCCUAAAGGUUCAGCUUCAAAUAAAUCUUUAAUUGAAUCAAAUUUCCAUACAAUCAAUCAACUACAACAAAAGAGAUUUUAUUCAACUAAUCAUAAUUCCAAAAAUGAAUUAGAUCAAUUUAUUUCCAAAAAAACAAAUGAUAACGGAACAAUUGGUUCUAAUGGUAAAUUUCAUGAUUAUGCUACUGUUAUUUUAGAUAUUAUUAAUUUUUAUUUCUUACCUGAUUCACCACAUUUGGAUGAAAGAUUAAAUGAAUUAGAAAGAUUAUGUAAAGAUGAAAUUUUUUCAACUGAUGAAGAUGAAAAUGAAAAUGGUAAAGAACUAGCUAUGGUUAAAGUUAGAAAAAAUAAAUCAAUUGCUAAAAGAGAAACAGGUAAAGAAGAAUUAUACUCAAUUGAAGACAAUGAAGAUGAUAAAAAAUUAAAUAGUAGAAAAAGUUCAAGAGCUAACUCAUUCAUCAACGGAUUAAAUAAAAAAUAUAAUUCAAUGUUCAAUAUGAAUUCAAAUUUAAACUCAAAAUUAGAUUUAAGUUUAAAAGAACAACAAGAUCCUCAAGAUGAACCAACUUAUCAUUUUGGAGAUGAUGAUCAAGAAGAUGCCAAAAUUUUAGAAAAUUAUAAAAUAGAUGAAGAAUUUGAAAAUCAAUUUCUUUUACCAAAAUCUAAAAAAUUAAAUCCAAAAAGAAGACCAAAAUUUUCAACAAUGAGAUCAUUUACUCAAAAAAUUAAAAAUGAAGAUGUUGGUUAUAAAUUAACUUCAAUUUUUAGAGUUUCUUCAAAUGAUGAUGAAGAACAAGAAAUUCGUACUGGUUCAAGUAUUAAAAGUGAUUCUGAAUUGAUGCCUGGUGGUAGAAAAAGAAAAGUUAAAAUUCAAGAACAAAAAAAUCAAUAUAUUUUACCAACUCCUACUUUAAUUAAAACAGCAAAAUUUGGUUUUUAUUUAUUAACACCAAUUUUAAUAAUGUAUUAUGUAGGUUUAGAUACAGAUAAAAAAUUUAAUUUACCUGGGUUUUGGCCAGAUCCAAAAACAUUAAAUCAAAUUCCUAAAGAACCUCAUGAAAUUCAAGCUGAAGUUGCUCGUAUUAGGAAAGUACGUGCAGAAAAAAGACAAAAAUUGGAAGCUAAAGCUAGAGAAUUGGGGAUAAUUGAAGAUGAUGAUGAAGAAACAAGUAAAUAG